UGUAGAGUUGCCAGGGUUGUUCAAGUUGGAAUUUUCUGCCCAUCGACUGCUAGUGAAGAAUAAAACAAUUAUCAUGGGAAACAACUUUCUUGUUUGGAUUCUGAUAUUUUGCUUGCUUCAUUCAGUGUCAGGAGAAGGCUGUUCCCUCAUCCUCAAGCCGUCGCGGGUUGUGUUGGGCUUUGGGGAGUCGGUAUCAGUCAGCUGUGAAGCUGCACGGCCGGUUCGUGUCCUGGGCUGGGAAUCAGCCAUCAGUGCAGUGCACACGCAGGAGGACCGAUCUGUCCAGUGGAAGGUAGACAGUCUGAUUGACUGGAUAGAGGAGCCCAUCUGCUAUGGAGUUUUUUUCACAGCUCCGAGACAAUGUGAGGAGAAACUCAACCUUGUCCUCUACAAAACUCCAGACAGCAUCUCGAUCAGACAGGCAAACCACAGUGGCCCCAUGGUGGAAGGGAAAGAGUACCAGCUGCUUUGUGAAGUUCAGAACAUUGCUCCUGUUCAGUACCUCACACUGAGGUGGUACCGAGGCCAGACUGAGGUUUAUCAGCAUUCUUUCUCUGAUCUAACAUCUUCUUCACCCGUCCAAGUUUCCUCUACCCUUGUCAUCACUCCAACAAAAGCUGAGAAUGAUGCAGAGUAUAAGUGUGUAGCAGAGCUGGAGCUUGGACCAGAGGGACCACAGCCCCCUCCUACUCUGGCCUCAGAGCCUCUCACCGUGUCCAUAUACUUUCCACCAACACUUCUGAGCCCAGAAACAGAGGUUUUAGACUUUACAGCUGGAGAAGAAAUCACCCUAAAUUGCACAGCCACAGGAAACCCUACGCCUGUAUACAGCUGGCAAUCAUCCCAUCCUAUAGAGGAGAGAUUGAAGGAGAACGCAGUUAUCACUUCCACCUCUCUACUCCCAGGCACCUACACAUGCACUGCCUCUAACACUCUGGAAAAAAAGAGCAAGCAGUUCAUUAUCAAAGAAAAGAUCAAAGGUGUUUGAAGCUUGCUUAUCUUGGGAUGGAUGAGUUGGCCUGCUGUCUGACUUAAGGGGAAAAUUGCACCGCAUUGCUUUUACUGUUGACGCUUUGAGAAUGAUGACAAAUUGAUGAUUCAGUGAGUGUUGAUGAGGAUCAUGUUACCAUUCCUAGUUAGAUAUCAUAGAAGAAAAACUGCUAUGUUUGGUAACUUGUCAUUUAAUAUAUAUUUGUGUAGAUUUAGGAUAGAUUUCAUAUUUUAGGAUUCACAUGUUAUAUUUGUUGUGUAAUUUAUAUUUCGGCUAGUCUUAUUUACCUACUAAUGUAAUCAAGUCCUGUAACAUUUCAAAAACACAGCUACUACUGGCACAGCAACAGAUAGCAGCACGGAGAUACUGUAAAUAUGAGUUGUUUCUUGAUUGUAUUAUCUUUAUCAAAAGAUGUUCAAUAAAAAGAAGGUUUUU